GGAACUAAGCGAAGGGGCGUCACCAAUGCUUGCUUCUCCCCCUGGUUCUGACUCGAGAAGAAGAAGAGGCAGGCUUGGUGACUCUGCUGCUGGUUCUGCUGCUGCUGCUGCUGCUGCUGCUUCACCCAUCCCUGCUGCGUCUGCUGCUGCCUUUGCGUCUGCUGCUGCUGCGGCGGCAGCGUCACCAGAAGAAGACGAAGAAGAAGAGAAGGCAGAAGAAGAUGAAGGGACUCCGACCGGUGUGAGGCGCAGCGGCAGGAAGCGGAGGGAGAGGAACUACAGGGACUUAGUGAAUGCCAAAGACGGGGCGGAUUGGAGUAUGUCUAGUGAGGAGGAGGGGGGGAGGAAGCGAGGACGAGGAGAGGGAGCAGAGGAAUGGAUGUUGGGACGAGAGAAGGGAGCAGAGGAAACAACAGACGGUAGACAAGGGAGAGAGGGGAGGGAGGGAAUAGCAGGCAGUGAGGAGAGAAGGCAGGAGCAAGGGAGCGUCAAGUGGAGUGCAGUGAGGAGGAAGCGAAGCCAUCAUAUGGAGCUGCAGAAGGGCGUGUCAGGUGCUUCACAACAACCCUGACCACCUGGUAUUAGUGGGGCAAGAGGGCAGUGUUGAGGAGAGGGGAGGAGCAAGGGAACGUCAAGUGGAGUGCAGUGAGGAGAGAGUGAAGUGAAGCCACCAUAUGGAGCUUCAGAACUUGACUCAGAAGGGCGUUUCUGGCGCCUCAAUCCCUUGACCUGUUAGAUUCUAGAUCUGACUUGUGAGUCGAUGUGGAAGUCCUCUCCUGGCACCUCAAACCCGUGAAUUAAUAGAUUCUAGAGCUGCCUAGAAUCUAAUAGUUGCAUUGAGCUUUUAGGGUUGCCUCGGAGCAGCAAGGUGAAGCCGGCAUGUGGACUGGGGGUUUAUGAAGGCUCGGCAGGCACCUCAAAGCAGCUUGUUUGCUUGCUCCUUGCAGGGUGAUGGAUAUAGCACGUAUAGAGGUGGUGCGUGUGGGAGUUGCCUGUCACCCACCCACAUUCGUGGAUUCGGGUUAUAUUGAAAGUCCCUGAAGUCCCCCGGUAAGAGAUGUC